AUGCAGCAAGAAGCUCGCAAUACCGAAACACAUGGUCGAUCAUGGUCAGAUAACAAUCUCCGCCACAAGGCUGUACUCUUUGUGAGUGCAGGAAGUCUGGAACCGACACUAGAACAAGAAGAGGAUCAGACCAAACUAGAGAUAGAUCAAGAAGAAUCAGGUUCCAUUGACACACCCGAGGAAAAGACCGAGGAAAAGACCGAGGAAAAGACCGAGGAAAAAACCGAAAACAGUGACAGUGACAGCGCAUUCUUCUUUGAUUCAAAAGGACAAGCAGCUGCCAACACCGGAUAUCCCGACCCUAUUGUUCGAUCGAACUUGUCCGAGCUAGACGACUCAAGUGAGGAUGAAGUUGUGUUCACUGGUCGCAGGAAGAACGCAAAACCUAUUUCCAUCGAAACCCACCAGAACGAUAUUCAAAAAAUUGUGCAGGUUGCCUCUGUAUCGCCACAGGCCGCACCAAACCCCGAGAUCAUCCCACGGGAUCCUCCGCCUAUUGCCGUCCAAAUAGAGCAUACAAAAUCAUACACCGAGAAAACAAAUUGGCCACCUGAAAAAGAGAUUGAUCCAUUGGCUGACUAUAUUGCCAACAUCGACAAAGACUACUACGAAGAAAUCACUGGCAUGAAGCUUGAUUCAGAAGAUGGCAUUGACGUUGAAAAAGCUGCGACCCAACUGGAUAUCUCAGCUUCAAGCCCAGCAGGCUCCAAACAUGAAUUACCAGGAUCAUUGAUUUCUGGUCGCCAAUUGGACACAGACCAAAUUGAAAGCUCUGUCGAUGGACUGGUUCAAAUGCAACUGGACACGGAACAUGACUCAACUGCAGUCUCGAGUGAAGAUGACGAGGAUGACCUUGUCCUCUCUAUGUCCGAUGACGAUGCCCUUGAGGAUUUCAUCUUACUCGAAGAUUUGGCCAACGGUUAUUCCAAGUCCGGCAAGAAGGGUGUCCGAUCCGGAAAGCCCUCAUUCCCGUCGGCGUCAGCAUUCGCUGAUGCUCUUGAGGCUGAUCCUUACUUUGGAUUUGACAUAAUGGACUUUGAUCGGCCUAGCCUACGGAACAAACCCAAGGGGAAGCACUCUAUUCCCGACUUGGUACUAUCCGACAGCGAGUUCGAGAUCCAGCUUCAACAAGCCUGGCAGAACGAUCGAAGCAAAAAGAAGCUGCGCAAGAAGGAGCGGGAAGAGCUCCGGGCGCAGGGAUUGCUCGGUAGGAAACAAGGGAACCCAGACCUUGCGGUCAAAUACUCCAAGGAGAUGAAUAUGGAAGAUUUCAUGACUGAACUUCGAUCGUUCCUUCUAUCUUCCAAGACCAGCCUGUCAUUACCGCCCAUGACCAAGCAGCGCAGAAAGCUGAUACAUGAAAUGGCCAACAACCUGAACUUGAAAUCACAGUCACGCGGUCAUGGACUCACUCGAUUCCCCGUCUUAAACAAGACUGCCCGGACUCCCAGAUACACACCGAAGACCAUAUCCAAUGUGGACGAGCUGUUAUCCGGGAGGAAGUUCAAUCGGCGGCUGUUCAAAUCUUGGGGUGCUGACGCGCCGAAGUCUUUCAAAUCCAACCGCGGAAAAUCUGGCGCGGCAUCCUAUAUGGAUGGUGACGUGGUUGGUGCCUCUGCCCCAGAGAUUGGAGCCGAAAACCGAGGACGGGCCAUGCUGGAGAAGAUGGGGUGGAGUACAGGCACCGCUUUGGGUGCGGCUGACAACAAGGGAAUAUUACAGCCCGUUGCGCAGGUCGUCAAAAACUCACGAGCCGGGUUGGGUUAG